CUGAACGGGAUUCUAAAAAAGCCAACACAUGGCUCCAAGAGACCUCUAAUAAGUCUCUCUUUGGUAGGGUAAGGCUGCAGCAUUGUGGAUUUUUUUCCCUGCUGCCAGAGAGGUUAUAUGGAGUCUUGCUGGUGCAGUCUAAAAGGAUUUGUGAUUCACUGGGCUGAGCCAUUAGAAACACACCCUUUGCUUCACUACAUACUGGCCUUUAAAAAUACUAAGCAUUUUAUUAUUACUGCCCCCAUUUCUUAAUGGUAACAUCUGGCCCACUGUGCUCAGUGGUAUGACAGGCAAGGAAUUAAUGUUGCUGAACCUCAAACCAGACAAUGAGGGAUGGUCCCAACACCUCUGUGCUUUGAAAUCCUGAAAUCUAGCGCUCACCUUCCUAUUGCUCCUGGAGUUGUGUUAUUGUGCAGAUCUUUUGUUGCUCUGGAACGAUUCUAGGAAAUGAAGGCCUGUUCCAUGCUGGCCUUAGUCCUGGCAUUUCUGCCCCAGGCAGACCCUAGAGUCUAGUCUCUGGGGAGACUAAUGCAGGGGUGCCUGUCAGAGGAUUUGAGUGAGGAGCCUCCAUCCUGUCUGACAGAGCUGAUGCUUUCUUAUGCCCUUAUAGCCCAUUUCAUGGUAGCUCUGUGGUUACCUCUGGGAUUUGAAGAUGAAGAACAGCAAAUAAAAAGCUUUGGGCUAAAAGUACAAGGUCACUCAGGCUAAUGUUCCCCUUUAGAAGGAAAAUGUCAGAAAAUUCCUGCUUCAGCUACUGGGGCAUGCUGGAUGGGCAAGGGGGAGGCUGCACAGCUUUUCUUUGCAUUUAAUUACCAGCUGAGGCUGCUCUCCAACAGGAUGUGGAAAGGGUGGCUAAACCAAUCAGGCAUUAGGGGAAAAACAAAACACAUUGGUCUCAUGACAUUUGGACAAAAAUAGCAUUGUGGUCUGGUGCAGGAGCACUGAGAAGCUGCCAUCCCCAAGGGAAAGAUGCAUUUGGAAGGUAGUUUUCUCCUAAAAACUAAUAGGUUCGACUCAUAGGUUUAUAGGAGCAGAACUCUGCAUUUGCCCUCUAGUUGAGGGAUCACCCAGCAGUUUGCCAGAAACUCAUGAGGCAACUAAUUUGCAUCAAACAACUGGAUAGCAGCACACUUCCUAUUUAAUAAAGGAGGUGCAGCCCAUGAGGACUACCAGUCCCAGCAAGCAGUGCUUUCAUGAUCCCACUUUCUCCGCUGUGUAUUGUGCAAGGGAGAAGGUCAAGAUCAGAGCAAGUAUCCGCUUACAAUUCUGUUACAUUUUCAAAGUAAAUGUAGUCCUUGCACACAGACCACUGCGAGUUUGGAGGAAUUGAGCACACAUUUAGGGAUGGCAUUAAUAAAAGGAAACACUGAGUUUGGAACAUUGUGAAAUGUAUAGAAAAAGAAACUAGAGAAAGUAUUAUUUACCCUUUCAUACAAUACAAAACCAGGGAGCACACAAUUAAAUUUAAAAAAAGGAAAAUAUUUUUCCACACAAUGUACAACUAACCUGUGAAACUCAUUGCCAUGGGAAGUUGUGGUGGCCAAAAGUAGAAUUGGGUUAAAAAAAGAACUAGGUAAGUUCAUGGAGCAUAGAUCCAUCAAUGGGUAUUACCCCAGAUGGUUGGACAUUACCCCGUGCUUGGGGAGACCCUAAACCUCUGACUGCCAGAAGCCAGGGGUGGAUGACUCCAUACCUGCCCUAUUCUGUACACUCUCUCUGACGCUCUGUAAGGGCCACUGUUGGACCCAGGACACUGGCAAGAUGGACCAUGGUCUGACCCAGUAUGGCAGCUCUACUUUAAGCCCCAUUUACCUUUUAAUCAAUAUGGACAGAAUUAGUCAUAGUACAAAUAAUUACUCAGAACUAUUAUUCAAACAGCUACUAUUCAUUAUUAACUCUUUCCCCAUCCCCAAAUAAAAAAAAGUUGUUUACAUGCCUGUUAACAGCAGUAAGAGUCCCAGCCAGUCAUCCCAGGAGGCUGAAGUUCCCUGCUUACAUGCAGGGGCCAGGGCAGAUGCUGUGCAGACACCAUGUUGUGCAAACAUGGCACCAGCCUGCCUCAGGCCUGAUGUGGAAGAAAAACCAGUUCUGUGGCACUUCUGCUGAGACUGCCAAGGAAGAGGCCAGUCAUGGUGGUCAUUUUAGUAGCACAGACACAUGCCCACUAGGAAGUAGACUUAAACCCCAACUCAUUUCACGGCACUGAACAGCCAUCAGAUGGUAAGAGCUUUCCAUCACUACUAAACUGGGUUGGAUUUGAAAUCAGACUUGAAGGUGAAGCUUCUGUAUCUCAUGACCAAUCUCCUGAGCCAACGAGUCAGCACCACUCACUCUCAAUUGUUUCCCUCAAGCUGUGAAGCCCACUGGUUGCACAGGACUCUCAAGCAGAGCCCAUCCACCCCAUCCCAAGGAUUUGGGAGCCUAACAGUUGAAUACAGUAGAGUCCAAAGGUAGAAGAAAACACUCUGCCCAAGAAGUUUUCAUUCACCGUGCUUCAAUCAAUCAACCAUACACCUACAAGACCUGGGUUUCAAAGAGCUCUCCAGUAAGAAAAGGGGAAGGAUUCCUUCUUAGCAGGUCCACCUGCUUGUGGAGAUGUACAGGCCCUGUGGUGCCAUGAGAAAUUGCCAUUGUGCUUUGACUUAUGGCUGAGUGAAGCUAGCACAGAGCUGCAACGAGGCACAGGGAGGCAAUGAGCUGGUGUGGAGGAGACUGGUUUCAAGGCCCACACUAUAGACUUGUUAUGGUCCUGUUUCCCUUUGGCCUGUUGUUCUGGACUCCCUGGGUUUGGUGUACACCAUCCCUCUCGUCAGAUGGGGAAAAGGCAGCUAUGGAAGGAAUGAGCACUACAAUAACCUGCUCCUAUGACAGAGGGAGAUACAUGUUUAACAGAAAGUACUGGUGCCAUGGAGGAUCCAGGUCAUCUUGUGAUAUUUUAAGUGACACAGAGAAUUUUGUUAAGAGUGAAUAUAAAGGAAGAUUGUUGCUCUUGGAUAACAAAAGAGGAGACUUUUUGGUCAUGAUGCACCAGCUGGUAGAAGAUUCAGGAAUGUAUUGGGGUGGAAUACAAAGGCCAUAUACAGAUAUAAUGACUGCAGUGAAACUCACUGUAACUGAAGAGCCUCUCUCCACACCCCUUAUUACUCUCACCAGCCACCCCAGUGAAUCCUGCCUGGGGAGAUCAAUGACUGUCAGAUGUCACUCAGCCACAGGCUCUAAUGUCUACUACACAUGGUACAGAAAGAGCUUUCCGACCAACAUCAUCACAGUGCACAGCAGCGAUCUGGUGCUUCGCUGUGGAGACCUCCUGGAGAGUCAGAGCUAUUAUUGCCAAGCUGCAACUCGCAGAACGAACAAAUCCACCCAGGUGUUGAGAGUAGAGGUGCUGACCCCAGCAAAAGAGAACUGCACGUACCAGUUACAAUUAACAGAUGGUGAAUCAUACAACUGUAUAAGAACAACCCCAGUGUUCACAGCUGAGAUGCCUUCAACACCCUUCACAGGCUAUACAGCACCUUGCUCCAACUCCUCUAGUCAUUCUGGUAUAGAAGAUAGUUGGAUCCCAGUUCCAUGGGCUAUUCUGCACUGGUUGUUCCUGGUUAUUCUAGUAGUAUCUUUAAUCAUCAUUCAGAGCAACAGGACAUAGAAAAGUGACUUCAUUUCCAGAAUCUUUGAGUGCCCCCCUCCAUCAUCCCACCAAGAGAAGGUCAGAGACUCGCAUGGUCUUUGGUGAAGUCUAAUUUCCAGGCCAUCAUCACCAGCAAUGCGAUAUUGCCUACCCCCGGGGCACAGGAGGGUGCAGUCAUCUGGACCUGUUAUCAGUAGAACAUCUGGACACCUCCAGCACACUGGGUCACCCAAGAGACCACACUUCUCUGUACACCAUUCAGCAUACAGGAAGCAAUGUCUUGAUAAACUCUGAAUACACAGACUGUUCUAGCAACAAAGACAAUAUGCAAAAUCCAAAGUUUCCAGUCACAUUUAUAACUCUCUCUUUUGCAUGUAAGCUGCACUCUAUGCUCUAAAAAUGCUUUUGACAGAUGCUGUGCACACAGAACGGGUUCAGUUAGCUUGUGCACUCAUCACAUUAAUCUGAAACCUAUAUAAGGUUCCUAGACAGAGAAUGCCUGGGUGUAUAUUUGGGGUCAACCCUUCCCAGCCAGGCUUCCCCAGAUCUAGGCGAGAGUACCUAGUCCUGCCCCACCAGACUUACUGCUAGGAGACAGGGUCAAGGGUCUCCAACUCCAUUAGCCUUUUAAAAAAAAUCUACUAUGCCAAACUGCUCCACCUUACGCAACUUCCUAGUGAAACUUCUCCAGCUGAUAAGACCCAAACACCCAGAGAGAGUCAGCAGUGGCAGAAAGGAGAAGACUUCAUACUGGGAACCAGAUAUGAGAGGAGCAAAACCCCCUAAACUUCCUAGACAUGCAAAAGAUUCUGUACCAAUAGUGAAAAUCUCAGAUUGAGUGUCCCUGGCCAGCCAGCCAGCAAAGCAAAGCCAAGCCUUUGGGGGAUUUCAGGGUUAGUUACAGAUUAGCAA